CACAAUGUUCAUGCCGUCAUUGCGGCGCAGCCGUGCCAACUGCCGUCGUUGAACCAGACCAGUAUCCCCCGACCCCUUUCCGCCCCGCAGAGCUGAAAAACAGAGAGAGAAAAAGAGCAUCCACACCGCACGGCAUCAUGCGAAACCCGAAUUCGCCACCGGCGUCGCCGCCACCGGCGUCGCCGCGUCGGCGGACGCCUCCGCCCCCGCCACGGCGGACGCCUCCGCCCCCGCCACGGCGUGAUGGACCGCUGGAUUCCUCCGACGCUGAGAGAAGGUACCCUCGGCGAUCGACACGGGCGGCUCUUACGCCGAAGCAGCUGGGGCGAGCCCUAGCGCUGGCACCGCCGCCGCCCCAGUCCCAGCCCUCCCAAUCUUCUAGCGCGGCGAGGAGGUACCCGCUGCGGUCGACCCGGCCGACACUUCUGCGGGGCCGAAACCUAACUGCACCGACAUCCCCUCCGCCGUCCAUAGCACGGACAUCCCCUCGUCCGUCGGCAGCACCGACAUCCCCUCCUCCGUUGCCAGCACCGACACCCCCUCCGCCUCCUUCCAAGUCCCCAUUGGACGCUGCGCAUGAACAAUGGAGUUACGCGACAAUAUCUGAAGAAAAUGACAAAGUCAUCAAAAUUAAUAUGGAGGAGCUUCAUACUGUUUUAGAUACACUGGGAGUUUCGGUUGCAGAGAGACACAAAGUAACCAACAAUGUCUUGAAAAAAUGCUUGGUCGCCUACAAGGGAGCCCUGGAAUAUGAGAAGAACCGAUGUUCCAGUAUGGCCGAAGCGAUCUCUGAUUUGGAAGCUGAAUACCGUGAACUAUGCAGUGUGCUAGGGGAGAAGGAUGUAUUAUUAGAAGAACGCAUGCAGUCUGCUAGUCUAUCUCAAAUUCAUCAGUCACUUACAGCAAGUUUGAGGAGGCUCAAUGUAUUCAAGAAGCAGCGACUGGAAAAUCUACAGCGCAUGCAAGCUAAGGUAAUGGAUCUAUGGGAUCACAUGGGAGUAACAUUAGACCAGCAAAAGGAAUAUCGCUAUAUCAUGCGCAACAAUGUCGCAUCCUUGGCUGAAGUCACUCAGAAAGAUGCUCUCUCUGCAGCUCUGUUAACUAAGAUUCAGUCAGAGCUUGCAAUAUUGGAAGGUCAAUUGAUUGAAAAGGUUGCCAAGAGAUUUGCAGUGUUGGCUGCCAAUUUGCGCCAAACGCAUUUGUCCGAUGAUGAAGACUACAAAAUCAAUUUUACAAUGAUUGACGUGCGGGCUGGAAGCAUGGAUAUGUUUGGUGCAGCUGAUAAGCUUGAAGAAUUGGUAGUGAAGUCUGCUAAAGAUAUUUUGCUGAGGGAAAGCAUUGUUAGUCGGGCAGAAAUUGUGUUGAGACAUGUAAAAGAAGGAAGUAGCUUACACACUCGAGAAACAGUUGAGAAUUUAAUCAACAGAGUUAAGGCCUGGGAAGCCAAGAAUGAAAGAAAAUUCUUCUAUGAUAAGGAACGCCUCAUUGCUACACUGCAUAAGCUGAAGGAAGGAAAUGACCAUCAUUUUUCUGAUGCAACCAAUGUUAGCCCAGGUGAAAAACAAAGUUCAGCACCUCUUGAGACGGCUGAGUCGCCUACCUGGUCAGAUUCUUUGCCGGAAUUUUCUGACAACAGAGAAUCUGAUCAGGAAAGCGACCCUGAUUUCAGUGCCUCCGAAUCUGAAGAAGAAUAAAACACUGCCGCUCUUAGCUUGUAAACGAACAAGUGGAUAUGUAAAUAUGGCUCUGAAUCAUAGUACUAAGCUCCGAAUCCCUUUCCUAGGAGUACCGAUCUAGGGUAGCAAUGCAACCGAAGUGCUUGUCCAGGGUGGAUAAAGUUCUAGUGAUAACUUUUUCGUUAACCUUUUUCUGUCAACCUCCGCAGCACAGAAACCAGCGAGGUAGCUGAAUGAUUGCGAUGAAGCACGUUAUAUGUUCUUUC